UCAGCGGCAUUCUGAUUCUUAUUUCUUGAAGUUUCGAGAUUCGAGGACGUGAAAAUGGUGGAAUUUACUCCUUUCCUGAGAGUUCAGCUUUAUAAGCCUCAUUCCGAUGUGCAGUGCGUUAUCAAAGAAACUGAGGGAUUUGUUCAGCUGGUGCCAAAAAAGGAAGAUUACAGAACGCUUUUCGUAAGAUAUGAAGAUGCAAGUUGUGCUCAAAACGCCGCAAAAAAGCUGAAAAAUGACCCAAACAUUCCUUAUGUGGGUCCAAUGCCCAAGUGGAACUUUUUCAAGACACCGGUCAAGCAAUCCGACAGUGGCCGAUCUCAACCGGACUGCGAAAAUGCAAUGCCCGGAACCCGACGGCCGCCGGCUUCGCCGCGACUAGAUUCGCCACAGAGGCAAAAUCCUCAACGACCAAUGCCGCAGGCAAGAUGCACGAACGCACCGCAGGCCGAAACGUCGCCUGAUUUUAUGCGUUGCUCUUAUUGCUCGGGAUUCCCAGUCCCGUUUCAAUGCGGUGCCUGUGGUACGUUUUACUGCAACGCCUGGUGCCAGAAGCGGCACUAUGAGACGCACAAACAUUCGUGCCGCAUGCCGCCCCUGAUUGUUAUGGAAGACUAUUAUGAAGUUAACCUGCUGGAAAAGAUGCGGCCCAAUAUGCCCGAUUUUCCCAAUGUAUCGGCUAACGGCCAACAACCGGCAUCGAACAACAUGCCCAAACGCAUGCAGGCGCCGCCCCAUAUGGCCAAUUUUUCCCAUGCUUCGGCUAACGGCCACCAACCGGCAUCGAACAACAUGCCAAAGGGCAUGCCGGAGAAGAUGAAUGUAAAAACAACUCCACCGCAGAAGAAACAAGUGGCACCAUCGACGCCAGUAACCACCGGUACGGGAGCAGGAACAGGUCCAUCGAACAACAAAAUGCCACAAGGCAGCGUUGCCACGUUACCAGCGAAGGCAAAGGCAACUCCGUUGCCACCAAACCGAGAAAAAGCGGAAACAAAGCCAGUUCCAAAUUCGACUGCGAGACAGACAUCGCAGAAGGCUGAAGAAGGCUCAAAGACCGCACUCCGGCUGGCCGAUUUCCCUGCCGUGGGGGACACGGUGAAAAUAUCGUUCGUUGGAAAAAAUGAGCUGUACAUUUACGGUGCCGGUCCUGGGCCGAACGGCCGACCCAAUUCGCAUAUUCAACUAAUUCGUCGCUGCUUGGAGGAGGGUCGAAAGAAAGGGAACACCUUGACAAAAGCUCCCGUAGUUGGUGACAUUUUGCUGGCACCGUUCAGUGGCGAGUACUACCGCGCCGUGGUCAAUUCGGUAGAAGGGAAGGGUGCGAACGUUUUCUUCGUCGAUUUCGGCAACUCCGAGCAGCUCGAGUGGGCCGAGUUCAAAACGAUUCUGGAACCGGACCUCAAAUACGCUGACCGCAUAGCGCACGAGGUGUGGAUCGCCAAUGUUUCCAAGUUCACGGAGCCCAUCCGGGUGCAGCUCAACGAACUGGAAGCUGAAGAAUUUGAAUUGUCCAACGUAAUCGAUAUGUCCAACACAAGCGUUAAGCUGGUGGAACUGCGGCACCCGACGGAAUUAUAUUACCUUAGCGACAAAUUGCGCCAACUGCACAAGAAGGACGAGGAAGUUUGUAAACCAGCGGAGAUGCAGAAGGUAGUGGUGGCACCGGUUCCGGAAACUUACGUUCCGGUGUUGGACGACGAAAUAAUUGAAACCAGUAUUCCGGCAGAGAACGGCGUCGAGCUGAUCAUAAUAGACGCGUCCUAUGUGCAGCAUAGUUUCAGCCAAAUUUCGGUGCUCGUAAAAGCAAAUCACCAAAAGUAUGGUGAACUAAUGAAAGAAAUCCACCGCUACGGAGAGGCGGAUACGAAUGAGUUUAAGCCUAGGGAGUGUGGUGAGCUGUGUUUGGUUUAUUUUGAAAGUGUCUGGACUCGGGCAAUGUCCACAGAUGUCCAGAGUGAUACGGGUGAUUACAUGCUGUUCGAUUUGGGCAUUCUGUGCAGUGUGCCGUUGAAGAACGUGCGCCGAUUUCCUCCGAAGUUGUCGCGGACAUUGUACGUGACUGAUUGCAUCGUUGACAAUCCCGAAACACUGUUCACACUCGCGAACGGAUCGACUGCUGAGAAUUUGCGCACCAAACAGAUUACGGUCAACGUGAAGCCGGACCGGGAUAGUGGCGAUUCGCAGCACGUUACUGUUAUUGACGUCGCUCACUGAAUUUCAUAAUCCGUACACCAUCCGUUUUUUCUUUCAAAACAUUUUAAUUUUUUACAUCCAAGUCAUUGGAUAUUACAACAUUUUUCGAAUAUAAUCCUGAGUCCAAUA